CCCAUAGUUUUUUCUAGUAUCAUGAUAUUAUUUUUUGUAAAGAAAAUGUUAAACCAUAGUUUCUAGGUUUUAUCCCGACUAUGUAUAAGAUUGGCGAGUGUAUGUACACGUACAAAAACAUCCGAUCAAACAUUCUCCUAUUUCAUUCUCCAAGUACCAAUCAACGAAAGUUACUUCUAUAUUCUUAUUUAUAGCCCGUCUUGGUUUCUAUCUUCUAAAAGUUUCCGCCCUGUUGCUUUGCUUAACAUGGAAAAUCACCAAUACAACAUAGCUUCUUCUUCAUCUGCAACCCCAACCAUGUUCGUUCAGGCAGAUGCAAACACCUUCAGAGACUUGGUCCAGAAGCUCACUGGUUUCACCGGCCCCGACACUGACAAGCUCCCCGGAAGGCUCUCCUCAACAGCUCCACGCCGUCCACCUUUCAAGCUCCAAGAACGUAGGCAACAUGCCAUGAGAAAGCUCGAGAUCAAGCUCGGUACUCUCACAACCUGUCCCACCAACUCAACACCUACUCAGUCCUGCUCUCCGGGCCAAGUUUCCCGGCUCGACUCUCCGAGUCCCAGUCCAGUGACUCCAUUGUCUUUUGGUACCAUAUCACUGUCGUCUCCGGUGGUUUCAGUUUGGGAGGAGGAAAAGUCAAUUGCAGAGAAGGGAUUUUACUUGCACCCAUCACCAUUAAAUACUCCUAGAGGAAGCCAACCACCGGAGCUCUUAGCACUUUUUCCACUUACUUCACAUAGGCAAGAUAAACGAGAAUAGGGUUGCUGAAUUGUUCCAAAAAAGGGUAAAUUUUGCAAGUAAGAAAAUAAAAAAAUUCUGGGGUUUUACAUUAUUUGAUGGUUAAAACUUAAAACAUAAAAAAUCUGUCAUUGUUGUUUUUGUGUAUUGUUCUUCAAGAUAGAUAUCAUGGUUUCUUGAA